AUGGUUGAGUUCCUCAAGCCCGAGGCCUUGGAAUUGCUCAUACGCCAAGGAGAGGAUAUUUCCGAUCCAGAUAUUAUCGACGCCAUGACAGAAGCUGUUCUGAGGACGGGUCGUGAUGAGGACUGGAUUUCCAAAAUGCUAGGCCAUAUUCAAAAGCAACGCCUGCGCAUUACAUCCGCUUCAUUAAAAGCUGCGGCUGCGAAUAAGAACACGUCUGGUGCUAUAAAGUGGGUCUUAGACUACGAUUCCACUUUAGAAAUACCUUCUGAACUCUUCGAAGAGGUAGCAUGGACGCCUGCUAGUGCUCCAAAGUUGGAACUCUUAGAAAAGAGGAAUAGAGGAGUUGAAAUGACGGAACGAUUGUUUAUAGCAUCAGCAAAGUCUAAGGAUGUAAGAACUCUUCGAUGGGCGCUAGACCGAUCUGAUGUUGUGCAUAUUACACCUCGAGCCCUGGAAUAUGCAGCAGGCGUGUAUUCCUACAAAACGGACAAUGUUACCCGUAUGAAAUUGAUCACAACCAAGAACCCAUCAAUUACUAUUACAGAGGAAACAUUGAGGCGGACAUGCCAGAUUGCAUCGAGGGAUAUUAAGCCCCUAGAAUGGUUAUUGGCCGAGUAUCCUCAGCUGUCUCUCACAGAAAUUCCAAUGGCUGCUCUCCUUCGGGGCGGACAAUCUUCAGCAGUUGUGAAGACCAUCAAGGAGCACCUCCCGAAACUAAAACAUUACGCAGACCCUGUUGACUGCAGCUGCUAA